CUUGAGUAGGGGAACAGACAGCUCCUGGGCAGGGGCAGAUUUCAAGUUCUCAUCUGUUGGUACCACAUCGUUACCAAAUUCCUCUCAGUAGUCAACUUUUGAGAUCGUCCCUGAGUACAACGUGGUGUCGGAAGACCCACAGAGGUGUCUCUGGUCACCCUCCUCUCCGCAGACCACAGGCUGCUCUCUCAGCAAAGCAUCUGCUCUCCUGAGCUUUGCGCUCGGAAGCAGCUUUUCCCUGAGAUCUGGUGGAAGCAAUUCUCUGGUUCCAUAUUUCCCAGCAUGGAGAAGAAGAAUUUUGCAGUCUGGGAUUAUGUCGUUUUUGCAGCCCUCUUUAUCAUCUCUUCUGGAAUCGGGGUGUUCUUUGCUAUUAAGGAGAGAAAGAAGGUGACUUCCACGGAGUUCCUGGUCGGGGGAAGACAAAUGAGCUUUGGUCCCGUGGCGCUGUCUCUGACAGCCAGCUUCAUGUCAGCUGUCACUGUCCUGGGGGCCCCUUCUGAGGUCUACCGCUUUGGGGCCUCCUUCAUGCUCUUCUUCAUUGCCUACAUUUUUGUCAUCAUCUUCACCUCCGAGCUCUUCCUGCCCGUCUUCUACAGGUCUGGCAUCACCAGCACUUACGAGUACUUACAACUACGAUUCAACAAACCAGUUCGCUACGCAGCAACGGUCAUCUACAUUGUGCAGACGAUUCUCUACACAGGGGUGGUGGUGUAUGCUCCGGCUCUGGCGCUCAAUCAAGUGACUGGGUUUGACCUCUGGGGCUCUGUGUUUGCCACAGGAAUCGUGUGCACGUUCUACUGCACCCUGGGAGGCCUGAAAGCAGUGGUGUGGACAGAUGCAUUUCAGAUGGUUGUCAUGGUUGUGGGCUUCUUAACAGUUCUCAUUCAAGGAUCAGCUCAAGCUGGUGGAUUUCACAAAGUAUUAGAGCAAUCAACAAAUGGAUCUCGACUAAAUAUAUUUGACUUUGAUGUAGAUCCUCUCAGGCGGCACACUUUCUGGACAGUCUCAGUGGGAGGAACUUUUACAUGGCUCGGGGUCUACGGAGUUAAUCAGUCAACCAUCCAGCGAUGCAUUUCUUGCAAAACAGAAAAGCAUGCCAAGCUAGCCUUGUACUUCAACUUGUUGGGUCUCUGGAUCAUUCUGGUGUGCGCUGUCUUCUCUGGCUUAAUCAUGUACUCCUACUUCAAAGACUGUGACCCUUGGACUUCUGGCAUUAUCUCAGCACCAGACCAGCUGAUGCCGUACUUUGUCAUGGAGAUAUUUGCCACCAUGCCUGGACUACCGGGACUUUUUGUGGCUUGUGCCUUCAGUGGAACUCUGAGCACCGUGGCUGCCAGCAUCAAUGCCUUAGCAACGGUGACCUUUGAGGAUUUCGUCAAGAGCUGUUUUCCCCAUCUCUCCGACAAGCUGAGCACCUGGAUCAGUAAAGGCUUAUGUAUCUUAUUUGGCGUGAUGUGCACCUCCAUGGCUGUGGCUGCAUCUCUCAUGGGUAGCAUUGUGCAGGCUUCCCUCAGCAUCCACGGCAUGUGUGGGGGGCCGAUGCUGGGCUUGUUCAUGCUGGGAAUCGUGUUUCCUUUCGUGAACUGGAAGGGUGCACUAGGAGGCCUUUUGACGGGAAUCAUCUUGGCAUUUUGGGUGGCCAUCGGGGGCUUCAUUUAUCCUGCACCAGCCUCCAAGACAUGGCCCUUGCCUUUAUCGACCAACCAGUGUGUCCCAUUAAACGUGACGGAGUUAGUGCCCCCGGUGCUGUCCAGCAGACCUCCGAUCACCGACAGCUGGUACUCCAUCUCCUACCUCUACUACAGUGCGGUGGGCUGCCUGGGAUGCGUUGCCGCCGGGAUAGUCAUCAGCUUCAUCACAGGUCACCAAAGUGGCAAGGAGAUCCAGCCGAUGCUAAUUAGACCAGUGUGCAAUCUGUUUUGCUUUUGGUCUAAGAAAUAUAAAACCCUGUGCUGGUGUGGAGUUCAGCACGACCGUGGGACGGAGCAGGAAAACCUUGAGAACGGCGGCGCCUGGAAGCAGGGGACCGAACCCGUCCUACAGAACGGGCUCAGGAGAGGAAGCCGGGCCCACGUUUCAGGCUGCGAUCCCAAGGACAAAGGCCACGACAACAUGGCAUUUGAGAGGAUCACGCGUUUCUAAGGCA